AUGCAAAGAGUGCGUGUUUCAUCGUACCAAGCUCCAGUGCACAAGCUAGGGGAUUCCCAAAUGACAUUAUCUCCGAAAUUUAGAUUAGCUGCAACCCAGUCCUCUUUGUUAGAUCCUUCAAUAGAAUUAGAACUAUCUUUUAGGGGAGAGCCAUUGAUUCCAGGCCUUCCUGAUGAUGUUGCUUUGCAAUGCCUCCUCCGAGUUCCAGUUGAUAAACAUGCAACCUGCAAGGCUGUCUGCAAGCGUUGGUAUUCAUUGUUUGGCAGCAAGGAGCAUUUUUUCACAAGGAGAAAGGAGCUUGGUUUCCAUGAUCAGUGGCUUUUUGUCUUUGCACACCACAAAUGUACUGGAAAAAUAGAGUGGAAGGUUCUAGACCUUACCCAAUUCUCUUGGCACACAAUUCCAGCUAUGCCUUGCAAGGAUAAGGUAUGCCCCCAGGGAUUCAGGUGCACAGCCAUCCCUCAUCAAGGUGUUCUCUUUGUUUGUGGUGGUGUGGCCUCUGAUGUGGAUUGCCCCCUCAAUUUGGUAUUGAAAUAUGAAGUGUGUAGGAACCGAUGGACCGUCAUGUCAAAGAUGAUCACUGCACGGUCAUUUUUUGCAAGUGGGAUAAUUGAUGGGCUGGUAUAUGUGGCUGGUGGAAACAGCACUGAUAUGUUCGAGCUUAACUCAUCUGAAGUCCUUGAUCCUAAUAAAGGAACCUGGCGGUCGGUUGCAAACAUGGGAACAAACAUGGCCUCAUAUGAUGCAGCAGUUCUUAAUGGGAAGCUUCUUGUGACAGAAGGUUGGUUUUGGCCCUUCUAUGUUGUACCCAGGGGACAGGUUUAUGACCCGGCAACAGAUAAUUGGGAGAAUAUGGCUACUGGACUGCGAGAAGGCUGGACUGGUUCGAGUGUUGUGAUUUAUGGGCAUCUGUUUGUGGUUACAGAGCAUGAAAGAACAAAAGUGAAGGUUUAUGACUCUGAAACUGAUUCUUGGUGUACUGUUGAAGGACCUCCUUUGCCAGAGCAAAUAUGCAAGCCUUUCUGUGUCCACUGCUGCGAUAACAGGAUCUAUGUGGUAGGUCGGCACCUACACCUUGCCGUGGGCCAUAUCUCAAGCCUCUGCUCACGAGGCUCAUCUAGAAAAAGUUGCAGAUUUUCUGUUCAAUGGCAAGUGGUGGAUGCUCCUGAAACCCUCUUCGACUUGACACCAUCAAGUGCACAGGUUCUGUUCGCUUAA